CUUGGAUCCCAUUGAUGCGCUCACGUUGACGUUGCUGCGCGCUCAUUGGACCGUUAUACUGUCCGUCCAAAAGUAGUUGGGGAACUGCGUUGGAUCCGCCCUCCUCCCAAACUGAACUUCGGCGGCGCUUCCCAGGAUUGUCAUGAGAGGACUUUUCACUUUCCAGGGUGGACGCGGCGGGACACGACAAGCAGGGAGCCGGAGUUGAACUGAGAGCCGGGGGUAGGUAGCUGGAAACGGCCGCUGAGGCAGCAGCAGCAGCAGCAGCUCCAUCCAUCAGCCGGCUGCCGGAGGUCCGUGUCUGGCUGGGCCCCAGAUGUAAAGCACCCCUGGGCCCCCCAUCCUGAGACCUGAGGCCCCCUAGCCCCUGAUCGGCCCAGAGAACCGGUGUUGCUGUUGACUCUACAUCUUGUCAGGUAUCUCUUCCGGAAGCUGCCACUUCAGUGGAAAAGAUGACUCAGUCCGUACAAGUCACCCCCAAACUGCCAGACUUGGGCUCCCCCUUCCUGUACUGCGGGGGCGGGGCCAGUACUGAGGAGGCGGACCCGGCCGCCUCCUACUCGGUGCAGACCCCCUACGGCUUCCAGCUCGACCUGGACUUCCUGAAGUACGUGGAGGAGAUCGAGAGCGGCCACAACCUGCGCCGGGCCCCCGUGGGCCCCCGCCGGCCCGGGGGCCGCGGGGCCCGGCUCUCCCAGCGGAGCCCCAGCGUGGGCGGGGGCCGCGCCAGCGGCUGGACCUCCACCGAGUCCCUGACGUCCCAGGGCAGCGAGGACGGCCGGGUCCCGCCCCCGCCGCCGCCCCGCAAGCGCCUGGGCUCGGCGCCCUGCGAGGGCCUCGCCGUCUCCCCGCUGACGCUCCUCAGCGGCCCCCCGAUGUCGGCCGGGGCCAGGGCGCCGCCGCCGCCGCCGCAGCGCAACCCCCGCGUGGAGCGCACCCUGCUGGAGACCAGCCGCCGCCUGCAGCAGGAGCAGAACCACCACGGCCACAACGGCCUGCGGCUGCAGCUCGCCGACCCCCCCAAGCCCGCCGCCGCCGAGGGGCGUCUGCUGCCGGCGCCGGCCCCCGGUUCGGCCGCGCCCGGCGGUCUCUGGAGCCGGCCGAGCCCGCAGACGUCCGGCCGCAGCACCCCGGGGCCGGGGGCCCCCAUGACGCCGGUGGCCCCCAGCCAGCUGCAGACGGUCCGGGAGCAGAUGGCCACGGCGCUGAGGCAGCUGAAGGACAUGGAGGAGAGGGUGAAGGGGGUGCCGGCGCUGGAGAGGGAGCUGGCCAAGCUCCGCGCCGAGAAGGAGAUGCUCCUGCUGGCGCUGCAGGAGAAGAGGGAGGCGGAGGAGAGGAGGGAGGUGGAGGGAAGGAGGAGGCAACACACAGAGAGCUCCACUCAGACCACGGAGCCUCCCCAGAGCUCGGCCCAACCCAAGGCCGCGCGGCUGGGGUCCCCGCCGGCCUCCCCCGGCCGCCUCGGCCCCGGGCGGUCCGAGGAGCUCCGGAAGCUCACGGCCCGGUUCGAGGCGAAACAGGAGAAGCUGCCGGAGCGCCAGGAGAAAGCCGUCCCGAAGCUCCCCGAGAAGGUCCCGGUGCCGUCGGAGCGGAGGUCGGCGGCGUCCGGGGGGGACGAGCCGAUGGACUCUGCGGUGUUCUACCACAGCCUGGGGAGGCGGGACGCGUGCGAGGGGGCGGAGGUCGCCGUGCGCGACCAGACCACGGCGACGGAGGCGCCCGCCGCCGGCCGCGAGGAGGGCACCCAGACCGGGGCGGUGGCGACGCAGGACGCCGGCGUCUGGGUGAUGGAGUCCCUCCUGGGGGUGACCAGCGAGGCGCAGCGCGAGAUGGACACCCUGCAGGACACCAUCAAGUUCCAGCAGGAGUCCAUGGCGGCGCUGGAGCUCCGGCUGAGCUCGGCCGACGCGGACCUGGGCGCGCUGAGGGCCCGGGCCCUGGAGCGGGAGAACAGGGUCACGCUGGAGAAAGGGGUCCAGGCCGCGCCCGGCAGCGCGCACGUCGCCGUGGGGACCACGCCCUCGGAGCCGCGGCACGUCGGGGUCACGUGCCGUCCGGAGGUGGUCAGCGUGUGCGUCGGCGGGGAUCGUACCGCCGACCCGGUCGAGAGAGGCACACAGACGGACGUUGAGGUGGCGGUGGCGGUGGUGGAGCCGGCGGCGGCGGCGGCGGCGGCGGUCGUCGUUGCCGAUGCGGCGUGCCAGUGGGAGAGGUUACCGAAGGAGGAGGAGGAGGAGGAAGAGGAGGACGUGGUGGUGGUGGAGGUGGCGCUGAUGGAGCCAAGGGCCGCGGCGACGGGGCUGAAGAAGCGUCAGCUGACCAUCGCCGAGUACCAGAUCACGCCGGACGAGGAGAUGGUGAGCGCCGCGGAGAAGGCCGGCGGGGAGCAGCGGGAGGAGGGCGCGCCCGCCCGGCCCAAGACAGGACUCCUGAAGUCCAUCAUGAAGAGGAAGGAUGGGACUACCACAGGCAACGCCGGCAAGAAGAGCCUGCAAUUUGUCGGUAUCCUCAACGGAGGGUAUGAGUCUACAUCGAGCGAAGAGGAGGCGGAAGACGAGGAAGAAGAGGAGGAGGAUGAGGAGGGGAGCUCCUCCGCAGAGAGCGGCGACGGCGAGUGCUCGGACAGCGAUGAGGAGGACGAGGCGGCGCUGGAGGAGGAGACGUCCGACGAGGAGCGCAACGUCAACGUGGACGAGAGCGACACGGACGAGGAGACCCUGAGGGCCGCGCACCGAGACGACUCGCAAAUCGUCAAAGAAAAGUUCGAGCUAAGUUCUAAGAUGCGAGAGGCGUGUCUUAUCCUGAAGAACCACCUGAAAGAUGACAUCACCGCCCUGAAGACCAAGGAAGUGCUGUCCAGCACGCACUCGGUGCAGCUGGAGUGGUUCCGGGUGUCCAGCGCCAAGACGGCGCAGCCCGCGCGGGUCUCCGACUACCUGAUGGCGUUCACGGAGGUGUCGGCGGCGCUGCUGGAGACGGUGGUGAACAUGACGGACGGGAACGGCAACACGGCGCUGCACUACAGCGUGUCCCACUCCAACUUCGGCGUGGUGGGGCUGCUGCUGGACACGGGUGUGUGCUGCGUGGACAAGCAGAACAAGGCGGGCUACACGGCUAUCAUGCUAGCAGCGCUAUCCGCGGUCAAGGAGGAGGACGACAUGGCGGUGGUCAAAAAGCUGUUCAGCCUGGGGAACGUCAACGCCAAGGCCAGCCAGGCGGGCCAGACGGCGCUGAUGCUGGCGGUGAGCCACGGGCGUGAGGAGAUGGUGCGGGCGCUGCUGGACUGCGGCGUGGACGUCAACGUCCAGGACGACGAGGGAUCCACCGCCCUGAUGUGCGCCAGCGAGCACGGCCGCUCGGAGAUCGUCUCCCUGCUCCUGGACCAGCCCGGCUGCGACAUCUCCAUCGUGGACCACGAUGGCAGUAACGCUCUGUCCAUUGCCCUGGAGGCGUCCCACAAUGACACCGCUGUGCUGCUCUACGCCCACAUGAACUACGCCAAGACUCAGACCGCCAUGGGAAGCCCCAAAGCUCAGCCGAGGAGCCCCACCGGUCUUCAGAGAACCUGGCCCUCAGAGUGAAGCUACGGCCAUGCAGGACUUUAAACAUAACUGGAUCUUAAAUACGAAAACUCCACUGGAAAUUUUAUGUAUCUAAAUAUAUAUGUAUUUAUAUCUUGCCACAUGUCCUAUAUGUUGAUAUUAUUGUGUAAUUUGUUUUUUGUUUGUUUGUUUCCCUUGCCCUGUGUGUUUAACGGUUAUAUUCGUGGUGAACUUGGUUUUCCUUUGUGUCGCUAACCUUUCUGGGAGUUGGAGUCUCAAGCCUGUUUUGCACUCUGGUCAUGUGAGCCACCAUCUCCGCCGCCAUCUUUAAUUUGUUUGUUUACUGCAGUGUGUAGACAGACACGUCCUAUCUCCGGUGAUACUUUUGAAAAUCACCUUCCUCCUGUAUUGAACUUCUUUUUUUACAAAGCUGGGACAGGGGGUUGCUUCUCAAAUAUAAAUGUGUUGCCAGAUAGUAAAAAGCCAAAUCUUUUGUCAAAUCUGGCAACCCUGCCUCCGUUGAUAAUCAAGUGAUUCCAUCUCGAUCGUUUAGUUAUGUCUUCCUGAAGUUUCACCAGCAGCUUCGGAUGGAUGUCUGGUUUUCUUUUUGUGAAUGAUUUUGCCCUACAGGGCCUUCACCAUAACAGUACAAGUCUACACUAAGCGUCUCUGUUGUAUAUUCAUGCAUCUAUUUUUUAUGUCUACAAUAAACUUGUAUUUACAUAAAGGAAUGA